AGGAAGAUGAAGGUGAUAUAGUUCCUUAUGCUAUCUGAAGGGAAACAUCCAAAAACAAUGCCUGCUAAAAAACACCUAAAAUACAACCAUGGAACUCAUUUAAGAAUUAAUGUUAAAUUUUGGUCAAAAGGAUGAUUUUAACCAUGUAUAUCCCCCUAGACCCUUUCUAGCUAUUGGAAGAAUAACAUAACAAGAAAAAUAAAGGCCUUGACGUUUGACAUGACCAAGAUAAAAAAUGAAUAUGUGCUUCUUAUCUUUUUAAUUACUAAGUAUAUUUUCCUGUUGGAUCAAUUAGAAUGAGAAUUACUCGUAAAGCAUCCAUUAUUAUGACCCAAGUUUUAUCUGUAACCCAAAAAAGCUAAUCUAUGAUCCCAAAGUGGAUUGAUUUAAACAGGCACUUUUACAGCUCUUAACAUCUGUUUUUAAUUAGUGUAGGAAUAGAGUUCAAGUAGGUGACAUUAUGGAGUUUGUGAGUGUCAAGACAAGAUAGAGGUAAGGGUGUGCAAAAAACCCAAAUUCUGAAACCGAACCAGAAACCUAAAAACCAAACCGAAAAAUAGGUAACCGAACUCAAAAUAUCGGGUUAGGGUCACCUUUGAACCUUUUCCCGGGUUACCGGUUUGGAUACGGGUAUCUGUUGUGUGAGAAUUCGUCUUUGAACCUGUUUCCACAGUUGAUUAUCUAUAUUUAAUUUGCAAGUCUUAAUAUCACGGAUUUGGAUUGCCUACUUGUUUUACUCCUUGUUAAGGUAGUGUUCGAGUUCGUUUUACUCAUCACACGGAGCAUAUAUUUGAAGUUAUUAGCUUUGAAAUUAUUUGAAAGUUGGGUAUGAACUUAUCAUAUUUUACUUAUUAACUUUAUACUUAGCAACUUAUAACUAAUACCUUGUUUUGUUUGCCUUGUUUUUCACUUGUUACCUUUAUACUUUAGGAAAAAUAAGUUCAGAUAAGUUAAGAUAACUUUUAAAAAAGUAAGAUUGGAUAAGAUCGGAAAAGUUUAAAUAAGAUGCAUAGUAACUGAGUAAGUAAUAAAGAUUACUCAAAUUACAAUUUACAGUUAAAAAUAAAUUUAGAUAAUUAAAAAUUCAAUUGAGUAGAAAGCAGCAUUAUUGUCCUUAACUAGUUUAAAAAUUUCCGUUACUCGUAACCAAUAAAAUAACACGGAAAAAGAUAUCGGAUUGUGUUAAGUGGGAACAGUGACCCAUAUAUUUGAAUCUGGCUUGUUCACAUAUGCCGUUGCAAUUAAAAAUUACUCUUACUUCGUAUGGCGUAAUAUUUGGUCGGCUACUUGACUUGUAUGGGACAUACAGUUUAGUGAAUACUCCUAAUUGUUUAUUAACCACUAUGUAAUAUGAAUAUAAAAUAGUAACUGUAUUAAUAAUGCUAGUAUAAAUAUUUAGGGGGCAUUUGAUUUGGAGAGUGGUAUUUAAAAAUGAUAUCAUAAAUAUUAAAUUGGCAAAAAAAACAUUAAAUUAGACGUAUUUAUUCUCUUUUGUGAUUAUUUUGUAGUGUGGAUGGUGGGGCAAGGAUGGGGAUGAAAAUGUAAGGUGGAGAUGGAAGAACCUACAUACGCAUCCGUCCCACCCGCCUGCCCCAUUAACAUCCCCAUACCUUAUACGUCUAAGGGACUAGCUAGUGGUAUAUUUUUCCAAUAUAAUAUAGUCACGCGCAACGAUUCCAAAAUAAAGUACCUCGUACUACUAAUUUGGGUACAGAAAGAGACAGAGAAUAUAGUAAUAAAAUAAGAGUGACCCAAAAUUUGAAACUUAGACGUUAUAAGUUUAUAACUAAUGGUCAUUAUUAAUGGGGAAACUUUAAAAACUCUGGAUUACCCCAAUUCAAUAAUCAUGGCAUCUCUAGAUAUCCAAGAGUUGAGGGAAGCAGCAGUGUUUGGAGAUGUAGAGUUCCUUAAAAAAUGUGUUGAAUCCAACAAACCCAUCCAAUACUACACCACCUUCUUCUCUUGGGACGACGAUCAUCAUCAUCACGGCAAUAUCUUCCACAUGGCAGCUAGGGAAAACAGAGAAGAGUUCAUUCGAGAAGUCAUUGGAAUCUUACCUGUUGAAGACACUCAAAAACUCAUCCUCCAACCCUGUGACAAUAUAGACGACAUACAACGUGCCACGUGUAACCCUCUUCAUGAAGCAGCCAGGGUCGGCAAUGUUGAGAUAGUAAAGAUGUUCCUAAAUGUUUACAAAUCAUCUUCUUUGCCAUCUGAUCAUUCAAAAAGACCAUGGUUGCAGAGGAAUGACAGAGGACAUAUUCCUUGUCACCUGGUUUUUUUUGGUGCUAAUGAGGAAUGUGCGUUGGAAAUAUUUAAAAUGGAUAUGGAGUUGCAUUGCAAUAUGCCUACUCGUCGUGGCACUUCCUUACUUUACGAAGCUAUAAUUAAAAGGUUUUUGAAUUUGGCUUUACAGAUAGUCAGGUCCCCCCACUCUAUUUGUUGCACUGGGAUAGAAGGCGCCACCCCGUUGCACUUCCUACAUUUUCUAAAUUGCCCAGAAGAAGAGGAAAUUUGUCGAGGGUUGCUCCAAAGAGCGCCGGAGCAAAUAAAACAAAAAACUGAUUCUGGAAAUUCAAUAUUCCAUAGAUGGGCAAAAGGUGGCAAACUUUGGCCAUUUAAAUGUUUUGUAGAGAGCUGUGAUAUUAUCCCUGAUGUUAGGAGGGUAUUCGUAGACAUGGUCGCUCAAACGAACCACGAUGGUGACAACCCUCUACAUAGUCUGCUAGCUGGGCUUACCGCCAGUGAAGAAUUCACUACUGAAAUAGCAAAGUUUCUCAUAGAUGUAUACAAACGGGAAACAUCAGGACAUGAAUCGAGUAUCUCACCAGAAGAUCAACUUCCGUGGUUAAUGGAGAAUAAUAAAGGAGAUACACCUUUGUCCUUGGGCAUAGCCCGUCAGUAUGAAAACUUUGCAAUGUAUAUCUUGUCAUUGGAUGAAAAUUCACUUCUUAAAUGCCAGAAUAAUGUUCUGUUUUUGGCUAUCGAGAAGGGAUGCCAUGGUGUUGCAGAAAAGAUUUUGGAGAUAGUGAAUAACCGAGGAUGGACUCAGAUUCUUUUUAAUGAUCACCAGAAUGUCUUGCAUCUUGCACCAUUAUGCACAAGAGAUUUUUGUAAACAGCUAAUGGAAGGCCACCCGGAGUUGCUCAACAGAGUUGACAGAGGCGGUAUUACAAUUAUACAUAGCUGGAUAAGAAACAGUGAAGUAUGGCCGUUUGAAUAUCUUCUCACGAGUAAAUGGAGAAGUUCUUUCAGCAAACUUAUUGGUGCUACAGAUUACAAAGAUCGAGACAACCCUUUUCAUGUUGCUGCCACUGCCCUCCAUGAAACAACGGACCAACUUGUAGAGCUCCUGGUAGAAGCUUUCAAAGAAGAAAUGCCUAAUUGGAAUGUGAGUGACGUUAGUUUAAUGCCAUGGUUUCAAAAGAAUAAAAAAAAUCAAGGACCUCUACACUUGGCUAUAAGCAACCAGCGUGAAAAACUGGCAUUAUACAUAUUGUCAUUACUUAAGGCCGAUCGUAUUAAUACACUACUAGAUUAUUAUGAGCCGGAGCACUCUACUCUGUUUCUUGCUAUACAAAAUAAUUGCUCUCAGGUAUCCAAAGCGAUAUUGGCGAGGCUGGAUAAGGAAAGCUGGAGCAAAUAUGUCAAAGAUUCCUCUAGUGGCCGGAAUAUAUUGCAUCUAGCUCCAAGUUUGACAGAUAUAGAGUUAGGAACUUGGCUGGUUAAUGUACUACCGGAGUAUAUAACUGAAAAAGACAACAACGGACAAUCAGCUUGGGAUAAAGCGUAUGAAGUUGGUCCUACAUGGUUUAUAAAAGAAGUUCUCAAAAAAGAUCCAACUGUGUUCAGUAGAGCACCCUUGGCUUGGAUAAAAGCUUGUGAGAAUGGUCAUGUCUCGGCUCUUCGUGCCUUCAUCGACCAUAAUCCGGGAGCGUUCAGAGAUAUUUGUAUUGUGCAUAAGAAAUCUCCCUUGCAUCACAUACGUCUCCAAAAUGUUACCGAGUAUGAAGAGUUUCUUAAGAUUCCGUGCAUGAAGGAUCUACUCAAUGUUCAAGAUUCACAAGAAGAAACACCUUUGCACAAAGCUAUACGAAACGAAGACAUAUACUUGACUGAAAUGUUGCUCAACAUGGAUAAGAUUAUAUACGACAUCAACGACAACCAAAAUAUAACUGCAAUGGAUCUGCUGGCGCAUGUAUGCAAGAAGCAGGAAGCAUGGCGCCAGAUGUGCAAAAGAAAUGGACUUGAUCCAAAGAUAAAAACGGCAUACUUCCAACAUAAGACGAAUUUAUUAGACGUGCGAACUUCACUAUUUGUGGUAGCGGCUCUACUAGCCACCAUUACAUUUACUGCUGGAUUCACUCUCCCCGGUGGAUUUACUCAAGACACUGGAGAAGCACUUUUGGCCAAAAGGGCAUGUUUUCAAGUGUUUAUGGUAUCAGAUACAUUGGCCUUAUUUUUUUCAAUGUUGGUGCUGAUUUGUCUCACAUGGUCCAUGGUCUUCAGUCCUAGUAAGUCACUAAUAUUGAUUGAUCGAAGCAUGGUGUUACUCAGGGUGGCACUCAACUGCACCUUAGUGGCUUUUAUGACCGGUGUUUACACUGUUAUCGCCCCAAAGUCAUUGUGGGUAGCCAUCCUUAUUAUUGUGAUCAUAAGUUCUCUCAUAGUAAUUUCAGUCAAUAAGAACUUCUUGUAUGAAGUCAUGGACAAGUUGUUCCCCGCUGCAAAUAAAGAGUGCAGAGACCCAAUGCGUCUACUUGAACUGGGGUACAACUCUAGAGAAGAACAGGAUGCCUUGCUCAGUCAUAAUGGGCAGGGUUCGGACCAAAGUACCUGAUCAAUCUUCUAGCCAGUCAAAGCUAACACGGGCUGGGUUCUGACAGAAAUUCUGGCAAGGUGAUUAUGAUGAGAAUGAGGCAAUUUGGCAUGAACAUGGCGUAUGGACCGUGCAUUAGUUGUAAAUUAUGAUUAAAUCCUCCUAAGGAGGUUGAAAGCAUUUUAACUUCAGACAAGGUUCACUGUGAGUCUUUGUAGGAUGGCCGUUUUUAUAGUUGUGAGGCUGCUGUAAUUGUUGAUGUCAUCUGUAUCCACAUUUUCGACAGAUAAGUUUUAGAGGUAGAUGUUGAUCUUGCUCUUAAAAAUAGUCCAGUUCUCAGUGAUAUUAAGCACUGGUUUUAAGCUUGAAUGCUGUAAUAUUUGCUGGUUAUGCUGUUGCUGUUGGUAUUCUUUGGGCUUCUGUAAAUCACUGAUGUUGUUUACUUUUUACAAAUUUAGCUAAACUACCAUAAAGGUCCAUAACUAUCAUUCAUUAUCUAGUGUGUGUGUGCACAUGCGUCUAAAAUCUCCAUCCGGUCACCAUUUGAUCAAUUGAGAACGAAAGACGAAGUGUUGAGGCAAUACAUGACAUAUGAACGGUGCAUUGGUAUGAUUGGGUUGAUCUUUUGAAGCGUGCCUGUAAAUAGGGGUUGAAAACUUUUACCUUCUGACAAGGUUCGCUCUGAAUCGCUGUGGGAUGGCCGUGUUCAAAAUUGUGAGACUGCUGUAGCGGUUGAUGUCAUCUGAAUCCAGAUCUUCAGACAGAUAAGUUUUAGAGAAUGCUUUGUUCGAAUUUCACACUGUUGAAAAUAGUUACUGAUACGAAAUAUCGAGUACUAUGUUACUCUUGAGGUAACUGAUGGUGACAAAUCUGACAACUGAGACGGAGAAGGUGUAUGAAGCGAAAGUGUGGCUGAUGAACUCCACGGAAGUGCAGGAUUUCAAGUACGUAGGUGGUGCUGAUGCCAUGGCAGAGCCACAUCGGGUUUUAUCCGACAAUGGUGAGUGUCCCUUGACUUGAAUCUUAGUCUGUGGUAAAGUAAUUAACUUGUUUUGUGGUAAAAUUCAAAUUUCAAGUUUUCAUUGCUGGAUGUUUGUUGCUUUAAAUAGGAAUUUAUAAUCAUGAAAACCAUUUUCGAAGUGUCAUUGGUAGGGGUGUUCAUCGGUCCAAACCCGGACUGGAUCGGACCGGACCCGGACCAGACCGAUCCAGACCGGACCGAGGCCGAAAUUUUGACAAUUCAAGACCCGAAGACCGGACCCGAACCGGACCGGAAAAAUCGGUCCAAAACCCGGACCGGACCGGUUUGGUCUAGUUGUAGACCUAUUUCUAUAUAUUUUUUAAUUUUUCUAAAAGAUAUAGUAAAAAAUGAAAAAAAUAUAUAUAAAAAACCAAUUGUUUAAGGCCUUUUUUGGAAGCUAAAAUAAAAUAUAUUGAAGUAGGGAAUUAAAAUUUUAAAUAGUUAAUAUAAUAUUUUAUUAAGGAAAAAUCGUUCCAGUCCAAAAUCGGGAUUUAGACCGGACCGGACCGAAAACCGGAAAUUGAUAUUUCUCGACCCGGGGACCGGAACGAUUGCCUUCGGUCCGGUCCGGCCCAUUUCUUUUUUGGUCCAGACCAAUAUUUGCACACCCCUAGUCAUUGGCAUCAUUAAUUCUAGCUCAAUUUUGUUUUGCUUUCCAUAAUAGGUGAUGUGAGGAAAUAAAAAGUAGAAAGAAAGGAUUAAACUCAAAUCCGGCUGCUACAAUAAAGAAGAUUGCUGGAUUGGUAACAACUCCUUAACAAAAAGCAACAAAAAAAAACAAGAAGAUCAUUAUUUAUGUUCAAUUGAAAAAAUUGAACCACUUGUACCACAAAGCAACUCACACACAAACAAAAAGCCACAAAAAAAAAAAAAAACAA